AUGUUGUAUUCCUUUUUUCAGACGACUAAACAGCAACAGGCGAAUGAAAUUGACGGUAUGAAAGAAACAUUUGCUUUGCUGGACUCCUAUGGAGAUGGGUCUAUAGCUAUGGAGGAAAUGGGAUUAGUAUUGCGUUCACUUGGGCAUUGCCCUUCCGAGGCUCAAAUUAAGGAACUGCAGCAGGCAGCACAGGAAUCGGAUGAUAACGAAACCGGACGAAUUACGUUUCCCGAGUUUUUGUCUUUGUUUACAUCAUUCAAAAAAUUGAUACCAACCAAUGUAAAUCAUGCUGAAGAUAUGAAGGCAGCAUUCCAGAUGAUUGACCAAGAUGGCGACGAUAAGAUAUCAGAGGAGCAUUUUCGACGAAUCCUAUCGAACUGUGGAGAAAAGCUGGAAGUUGAUGAAGUAGACGACAUCCUACAAGAUGCACGUGUGGACGGAAAAGGGUUGAUAAAUUACGAAGAGUUUAUAAAAACCUUCCUGAGUCGGAAAGACAGUUGA